GUGCUGGCAGCGCUGCUCUACCUCGCGCGCCAGAGCUUCCGGGGCUCCGCGCUCGCGCAGACGAACGCGGAGUGCCUGUGCGGCUGCUGCUUCUCGGUCGCCGAGGCCCUUCUCGCGUUCCUGCUGGUGCCCCUGGUGCUCCGCAGCGCCGUGGUGUCCUGCGUCGCG